AUGAUAUAUCAUAGAUUUCAAGAUGAAAUAUUUGAGAAGAAGAAAAAAAGAAGAAUUAAUGAUUUAACUAUUCAAAAUUUGAAUAAUUUUGGUUCUAAUUUAUUGUAUCAAAAUAAAAAUAGAAAAAAAAUUAUAAAACUAAAAAAUGAAAAAAUAGAAGAUUAUUUCAUCAUUAAGAAUUUUUUGCCUAUUUGUGAAGAAUUUUUAUUAAAAAACUACAAAAAUAAUUUUUUACAUGUAUUUAAUUUAAGAGAAAAGAAUAAAAAUGUAAAAACUAAAAAUAAAGAGGUAGAAGAUGUUAUUAGAAAAAAUAUAGAAGGUGAUAAUUGCUACGAAAAAGAUGUGCCAAAAAUAGUAAAUGAUAAUAGUAAUACUACUUAUAAUAAAAGUAAAAAUUUAAAUGAACAAAAAAAAUUAGAUAAAAAUAACAAAGAACGUGAGAAGGAAGAAAUAAAAAAUAAUUUUAAACUUGAAGAAAAAAAAAAAAAAAAAAAUAUUAACAAUACGAACGAAGAGAAAGAUAUAUGUUUGUCUAACAAAAUAUUUAUCAAAAAAAAUAAUUCAACAAAAUCAUUUAAUCUAUAUGAACAUUAUGUUAGAAUUACUAACAAAUCAUUAAAAGAAAUGGAUUUACCUUUUGAUAGAGCUGUUUUAUUAAAUGCAAUAGAUAAAAAGGAUAAUUGCGAAAAAAUUAUAAAAAUUAUUAACAAAAAAAAAGUGUUAAGUGCAUUUGGGGAAUCUUGGGAAGAAAUGAUUGAAUAUAUUAUUUCUUUAAAGGAACACAAAAAUUUAAUGAAAAUUUUUGAUAUAUAUGAUGAUGAAAAAAAUUUUUAUAUAAUAAUGGAAAAGUUAUAUGGAAAAGAGCUCUUUAGUUUUUUAGUAUACAAAAAGCAAGUUAAAGAAAGCAUUUGUAAAUAUAUAAUUAGUCAAAUUUUGCAAGCGGCUAAUUAUUUACAUUUUAAUAAUGUUAUUCAUAGAGAUAUUAAACCAGAAAAUUUAAUGUUUAGAAAUAAAAAAAGAAAAGAUAGAAACUAUGAAUACAAUUAUGAAUUGGUUCUUAUAGAUUAUGAUACAUGUCAUUUUAUUAAUAACAAUUAUUCAAAUAGAAAUAAUGAAGAAAAUAAAUAUGUAUAUUCAUGUAUAAAUGAUAUUAUAAGAAAUAGUGUAUUCAGUUCAACUAAAAAUUUAAUCACUGAUUGUACAGAAAUAUAUAAGCAAGCGGAGGAAGUUAAAAGCACAAAACAGUUUUAUGCAAAAGAAUUCAAUGAAAUGAAAAAAGAUGAGAAAAUUAGUGAAAAAGAAUAUAAAAUGAUGAAUGAUAGAACAAACAUAAGAAUAAAUGAGCAAUUAAGUGAAAAAGUGGAUGAAAAACAUAAUAAGCAAAUAGAUAAAAUAAUGUGUAAGAAAAAUAGUAAAACAUCAAUAAAUAGAAAACAUAUAAAAUUAGUUGGUACUUAUGGAUAUAUUGCACCAGAAAUUAUAAAAGGAUAUAGCUACUCUAUUUUAUCUGAUAUGUGGUCUAUUGGAAUAAUUUUUUAUAUUUUGAUGACAGGAAUUACACCGCUACCUAUGUGUUUAAUGAUUAAUUAUAAAAAUACAAAAGAAAUAUUAUUAAAAAAAGAGAAAAAAGGAAUCAAUUUUAAUCUAUUAUCAUUUAAUAACUAUCCAUUGGCAAAAGAUUUGUGUGAAAAAUUCUUGCAAUUUGAUCCAAAUAAAAGAAUGCCAAAUUCCGAUAUAGCAUCAAAUCAUCCCUGGUUAAAAUAUUUCAAUAUUUUAAAAAAAAAUUUUACCAAUGUUUCACAUGAAAAUCAAAAUAACCCUUAUUUAUGUAUCAAUAAAAAAAUAAAAUAUAAUUGCAAUCAAAUAUAUGAUAAUAUAAAAAAUAUUAAUGAUGCAAAAAUUUCAAAUGAAAAAGAUAAUCAUUUUAUUUAUCCAUGUAAUAAGGAAUAUUACAGUGAGUAUUAUAAUAAUUAUUAUAAUGUAGAUAAUACAAAAUUUGUUAAUUCAUACUAUAAUGAUAUACACUGUUAUAUUCGAGAAAAAAAAAAUAUUAAUACUAUGUAUAAUAAUUUAAUAUAUUGUGCAUCACUUAAUAAUAAUAGUGCUUUAUUAAACCAAGAAUAUAUUUAUAAUAAUAAUGAUCUAUAUAAGGGACUUAGUUGGGGGGACUAUUUAUUAUAUAGAAAUAAGUUUAGGGAUGAGAGUUUUAUUAUGAAUAAUCCUAUAUAUAUGUCAAAUAAAAAUAAUAAUAUUAGCAAUGAGACAUUUCAUUAUGAAGAAUUUUUAAAUAAUUCUCUUGACAUUGUCUCACUAAAAAAAUAUAUAAAAAAGGAAAAAGAAGAAAAACAAAAAGAAAGUUGUAUCAACAUGAAUUCAAUGACUAAUAUUAUAGGAAAUAACUAUAAUAAGUUUACGGAAUUAUUUGAAAAUUUAAUAGAAACAAAAAAAAAUAGAAUUCUUUCUUCUAAUAAUAAAUUCGAUGAAUUAAUUCUAUAUAAUAAUGUUAUUCACAACAAAAAUGAAAUUUUAAAUAAUAGAGAAUUUCAUACACUAACUAGAAAAAGUGAAGGAUACAAAAAAAAUAUUAAAAACAAAGAAAAACUAUUAAAUAAAGAAAAUGAAAUGUACAAGGGAGAAAAUAUGCAAACAUAUGAAAAUCUAGAAAUAAGAAAUGAUUUUUUCCUUAAAAAUGAAUGUACAUUAAAUGAUGUGAUAUGUAAAAAUGAAAAUAAAAUUCCUUAUGUAAAUCAUGAAAUUAAUUUAUAUUGCACACCUCCGAAAUCAAAUUACAAAAGUUUUUAUAUUAUGAAUAAUAUGCAGAAUAAUAUAUGUGAAUUAAAUAAUGAAGAUAAUAAUAAAAUUUUUGCCAGAAAUAGUACAAAGAAUAUUAAUGAAAUAUAUGAAAAUACUAACAUAUAUGAGAUAUAUAACAACAUAAAUAAUGAAGAUAACGAUAAUUACUUAAAUAUAAAUAAUAAUAUUCAAUAUACUUUUAAUAACAAUAAUUCUAUAAAUAACAAUGUUAUUAGCAAUAUAUAUAACAAUAAUAUGGUUAUGAGUGCUAAUUAUAAUUCUAAUAAAAAUGCUUUAAAUAAUAUAUCUACAUUUUCAUGUAAUAAUAAUGGAUAUUAUAAUGCUUUAAAGUUUUAUAGUAAUUCUAUAUCGAACAAAAAUAACCUAAUAUAUGAAAAUUUAAUUACAAAUACUGAAUCAUGCGAUUCUUUUGUCAAUCAGAAAAAUCAGAAUAUUUAUUCUUAUGAUAAUAAUUGUGCAUAUAUAAACGCUUCUAAUUAUUAUAUUACAAAUAAAUUUGAACAAACGUUAAAUCCAUACGUUAAUGAAUAUUAUAAUAUAAAUGAUGUAGCUAAUUCUGCAUUUCAUAUAUCGAAUGAAUUUAACGAGUAUGAAAUAGGUGCAAAAAAAAAAAAAAGAAAAAGGAUAUCGGCAUAUUAA